UAUCAUAAUAUUUAAAUACAAUAUCCUCAUACAGAUCCUAAAGGGGAAUGCAAUAUGGUUUCCUCAAGAUUUCUCUCUCUCCUUUUUCCCCUUCUUUUACUCAUCGCUACUCGUCAAGCCUUUGCUCAAGAAGACUGGCUAGCUUAUCAAAGCCACUUGUGUUCAAACAACGAAGGCAACUACACCACCAAUAGUACCUACCACAGAAACCUCAACACCCUUCUCUCCUCCCUUCCCUCCAACAACACCGGUAACGGCUAUGGCUUUUACAAUUCAUCCUACGGCCAGAGCUCCGACAACAACCAAGUUUAUGCAAUUGCACUUUGCUAUAUGGUCAAUAUUGACGACCCUGGUUGCCGCAAUUGCCUUAAUGUCUCUAGGUACGCUCUCAUUGAGCUCUGUCCUAAUCAGAAGGAAGCUAUGUUUUUCAACCACGGUUGUAUGUUACGCUACUCAAAUCGUUUGAUAUAUGGCACCAUGGAAACUACGCCUUCUCUCUGUAUGUCGAACACACAAGACGUACCGCCUUCCACCGUCAACGAAUUCUUUCAAAAGCUUAGAGAGUUGUUAGUGAGCUUAAGAAGUGAAACUGCAGCUGCUGGUUCUCUUCGUAAGUUUGCAUAUGGAAACACAAGCGGUGAAAAUAUCCAAACAAUAUACGGUCUUACGCAGUGCACGCCAGACUUGUCCGAGCAAGAGUGCAAUGAUUGCUUAAUUGGUGCUGUUGGAAAUUUGUGUAGUAAUGGGAAAAUAGGUGGGAGAGUUAUUAGACCCAGCUGUUACUUUCUGUAUGAGGUUUACCCCUACAUUAACGUUUCAGCUGUCAAGCCACUGCCAUCUCUACCAAGCCCACCGUUAUCAUCACCACCAAUAUCUCCUCCUCCGCCUUCAACAACCAGGAAUUCAGAAGGAUCCAACAGAUCUCGGAAUGUCGUGAUUAUUGUUGUGUCAAUCGUUGUUUCUCUGCUACUAAUUAUAUCCAUCUGCAUUUGUUUGAGAGUGAGGAAGACAAAGGGAAAGCUUGAAAUACUUCCAGCCGAAGAUGUAGAUGAAAUUGGAAAUGCAGAAUCCUUUCAAAUGGACUUUGGCACCAUUAGAUUAGCCACAGAUGACUUUUCUGAAGUUAAUAAACUCGGACAAGGCGGAUUUGGCUCUGUUUACAAGGGUAGACUUUUCAAUGGAGAAAAUAUAGCAGUGAAAAGACUUUGUAUGAAUUCUGGACAAGGAGAUAAAGAAUUUCAAAAUGAGGUCUUGUUAGUGGCCAGGCUUCAACAUCGAAAUUUAGUUAGGCUCUUAGGUUUCUGCUUGGAAGGACAAGAGAGGCUUCUUGUCUACGAAUUUGUCUCUAAUGCAAGUCUCGAUCGUAUCAUAUUUGACCCAAUCAAGCGUGCAGAGUUGGAUUGGGACAGACGAUACAAAAUUAUAGUAGGCAUUACUCGGGGGCUCCUUUAUCUUCAUGAAGAUUCUCGUCUUAGAAUUAUUCAUCGUGAUCUCAAAGUUAGUAACAUCUUGAUAGAUGGUGAAAUGAACCCCAAAAUUGCAGACUUUGGCAUGGCAAGAUUGUUCGUGCCUGAUCAAACCCAGGCCAAUACCAAUCGAGUUGUGGGGACCUACGGAUACAUGGCUCCAGAGUAUGCAAUGCACGGGCACUUUUCAGUUAAGUCUGAUGUCUAUAGUUUUGGUGUGUUAACUUUGGAGAUAAUAAGUGGACAGAAAAUUAGUGAUUUUCAGCAUGGAGAGAACGUGGAGGAUCUUAUAAGCUAUGCAUGGAAGAAUUGGGUUAAAGGGACAGCUUCAAAUCUAAUAGAUCCCACACUGAGGAUUGGUUCAAGAAGUGAAAUGAUGAGAUGCAUCCACAUUGGAUUAUUAUGUGUGCAAGAAAAUGCAGCUGAUAGGCCAACCAUGGCUUCAAUUAUUGUCAUGCUGAAUAGCUACUCUCUCGUUCUUCCAGUGCCCUCACCGCCAUCGUUUGUUAUGCACAGCAACACUGAAUUCAAAACUUCUUUAGGGGCAUUGGACUCUAAUUCAGAUGAUCAAUCACAAACCAACUCUACGAAAGUGUCGGUGAAUGAGACUUCUAUUAGUGACCUAUACCCUCGCUAGCAAGUGUUAGCUUGUGUGUGAAAGCUUGGAGGUGUGAAAGCAGGAAAUAUUGACUUGACUUGUGGAGAAUUGUGGAGACUUGUGGAGACUGCAGCUGCAAGUUCCAGGCUUUGGAAACCAAAUAUGAUUAAUGGCACCAGCGGCCUUCCUACUUUACAAGGCAAUAACAAAUAAAUAAAUGAACUUUCAAAUUCCUUGACUUAAAGUCACUGUUUUGUUCUAUAUUCUUUCAGGGUAGGUUAUUUAAUGGAUAAUAUAUAGCAGUGAAAAGGCUCUCUGUCAAUUCUGGACAAGGAGAUUUAGAAUUUAAAAAUGAAGUCUUGUUGGUGGCCAAGCUUCAACACCGAAAUUUAGUUA